GCGGACGUCACUUCCGGUGUACACAGCCGGUCCGGGCGGUGCGCUGAGAGCCGGGGCGCGUCGCAGGAAAUGACUUAGAGGCCUUAUGAAUACAUCUGUGCUUUCUUACUUCAGACUUUACUACAGGCCAAUCCAGUCUGGAAGCACUUCUUAUUAAUGUUACAAGGAAACCGCUACCUCAGCAAACAAAAGAAAGAAGACACACAAUAACAAUGCCAUGCUUAAAGAAGACUUGUCUCCAGAAACCGUUACAGGAGAUUUGGAAGUUUUUAGCACUGAAAAGCAGCUUUCCAGGUAAAUGGAUUUGACAGGCAGGUUCUGUCAGUCCUGCAGAGGUGUGCUCUUCCUUAAGGACUUCUCGUGAAGUAACCCUUUCCGCCUAAAUGCUGUUGACCAGCGUUGGGUUCUUUUUGGUAUAUAGAAGAUACAUUAUAUUACAUUUUAAAAGUUAAGUUAUUUUUCUGCUCUUGUAAAUGUAAGUAUCAAGAUAUUCUUGCAAAGCAAUUAUAAGUGAGCAGUUCCCUCAGCAAGCAUAUCUUUAUGAGGGUAGGAUGCUGAGCAGUUAUACAGCAUUUCAGAUACACUUUUAUUUUUGUCAGAAUUCCUACCUACACUGAAAAUUUUAAUUAUAUAAGCCUGUUAUUUUUCUCACCUUUAUGUUGGAUCACAUGGUCACCUGCCUCGUGGAAAUGCCUUUUUUAAAACUUAGAUUUGCAGAACUCCACUAUUUUUAUACCUAACUACAGUUUUGGAAAAAAAGGACUCAGAACCCUGACCUGCCAGUGGUCCCCGGAACAGUUCCCUACCCGCAUGUAUUGCUGCAGUGCCCAGGACAGUAAGAUGGACUACAAGCGGCGCUUCCUGCUUGGCGGGUCCAAGCAGAAGGUGCAGCAGCACCAGCAGUACCCGAUGCCUGAGUUGGGCCGAGCACUGAGCGCUCCCCUGGCAUCCACGGCCCCCUCUGCCCCACUGGGCAGUCUGACCGCUGCAGGCAGCUGCCACCAUGCCAUGCCCCACUCCACUCCCAUUGCUGACAUCCAGCAGGGCAUCUCCAAGUACCUGGAUGCCCUCAAUGUCUUUUGCCGUGCUAGCACGUUCCUCACAGAUCUCUUCAGCACCGUGUUCAGGAACUCACACUACUCGAAGGCCGCCAUGCAGCUCAAAGAUGUGCAGGAGCAUGUGAUGGAGGCUGCCAGCCGAUUGACGUCAGCCAUAAAGCCCGAGAUCGCCAAGAUGCUCAUGGAACUCAGUGCUGGGGCUGCAAACUUCACAGAUCAGAAGGAGUUCAGUCUUCAGGACAUUGAGGUGCUGGGGCGAUGUUUCUUGACAGUGGUGCAAGUCCAUUUCCAGUUUUUGACUCACGCCUUGCAGAAAGUCCAGCCGGUGGCUCACUCUUGCUUUGCCGAGGUAGUUGUGCCAGAAAAAAAGAACAGCAGCAGUCUGUCUGGCGUGGGCCACACACCCGAACUGGAGGAAGCUGUGCGAUCCUGGCGGGGGGCUGCUGAGGCAACAUCUAGAUUAAGAGAGAGAGGCUGUGAUGGACGCCUGGCGGGAAUUGAAGUCCAGCAACUCUUUUGUUCUCAGAGUGCAGCGAUUCCUGAGCACCAGCUGAAAGAGCUGAAUAUAAAAAUUGACAGUGCUUUGCAGGCAUAUAAAAUAGCAUUGGAAAGCUUAGGCCACUGUGAAUAUGCAAUGAAAGCUGGCUUCCACCUGAACCCAAAGGCCAUCGAAGCAAGUUUUCAGGGCUGCUGCAGCGAAGCGGAAGCUCAACAGACGGGGCGAAGGCAGACACCCCCACAGCCCAUGCAGUGUGAGCUUCCCACCGUCCCUGUGCAGAUAGGAUCGCACUUCCUGAAGGGGGUCUCCUUUAAUGAGUCGGCUGCUGACAAUCUGAAGCUUAAGACGCAUACCAUGUUACAGCUCAUCAAGGAAGCGGGCUGCUACAAUGGAAUCACACCUAGAGAUGAUCUUCCUGUGACAGAAGUACUGAAUCAGGUGUGCCCGUCCACAUGGCGGGGCGCCUGUAAGACUGCUGUGCAGCUGCUGUUUGGCCAGGCGGGACUGGUGGUUGUCGACACAGCACAGAUUGAAAAUAAAGAAGCCUAUGCACCCCAGAUCAGUCUAGAAGGCUCCAGAAUUGUGGUUCAAGUCCCAUCCACAUGGUGCCUGAAGGAAGACCCUGCAACAAUGUCCCUGCUGCAGAGAAGUCUGGAUCCUGAGAAGACCCUGGGUCUGGUGGAUGUGCUGUACACAGCUGUGUUGGACCUAAGCCGCUGGAGGGCCGGGAGGGAACAAGCUUUACCCUGUAUACAGAUCCAGCUGCAAAGGGACAUCUGUGAUUUUGGGAACCAGGCUGACCUGCCAUCUGGAAACGGAAGCAAGUCCUCAGGUCUGCAGAAGACCUUCUCCAAACUGACAUCUCGGUUCACCAAGAAAGUGUCGUGCACCACCUCCAGCAGCACACACUAUUCCAAAAACGUCUUCACAGCUGUGUGUUCAGAGGAGAAGGCCAAGAUGCCAGGCAAUAUUGAUACACGGUUACAGAGCAUUUUGAACAUUGGUAACUUCCCUAGGACUACAGACCCUUCCCAGGCGGCUCAGAAUUCCAGUAAUCCAAUGGUCAAUGGUUUUCUCCUGGAGAGACAUGAGAACUUCCUGCAUGGGGACGAUGGCAAGGACGAGAAGGGCAUGAACUUACCCACUGACCAAGAAAUGCAGGAAGUGAUAGAUUUUCUCUCAGGCUUUAACAUGGGCCAGUCACAUCAGGGGUCCCCACUAGUGACAAGGCGUAAUUCUACUGCCACUGCCAUGGUGACUGAACAGAAGGCAGGAGCCCUUCAACCACAGCAGCCAUCACUGCCAAUGGCCCCUCCAUUACGGCCACCCCAGGCUGGAGCACACACACCUCUGGCACCUCAGCAGCAGUCUCCAAAGCAACAGCAGCCCCAGGUCCAGUACUACCAACACCUGCUCCAACCCAUUGGAUCACAGCAGACUCCACCCCAGCCUCGGGCACCUGGGAAAUGGGUCCAUGGCUCAUCUCAGCAGCCAGCACCUCCCAUGGCAGCGGGUCUGUCUCCUCUUGGUCAGUGGCCUGGCAUAUCUGAUCUCAGCUCUGACUUGUACAGCUUGGGCCUAGUGAGCAGCUAUAUGGACAAUGUGAUGUCAGAAGUUUUGGGACAGAAGCCACAGGGACCUAGGAAUAACACCUGGCCAAACCGUGACCAAAGUGAUGGAGUCUUUGGAAUGUUGGGAGAGAUUUUGCCUUUUGAUCCUGCAGUGGGCUCAGACCCAGAGUUUGCACGCUAUGUGGCAGGAGUGAGCCAGGCAAUGCAGCAGAAGCGUCAAGUCCAACAUGGCCGCCGGCCAGGCAACCCCCGGGGCAACUGGCCACCCAUGGAUGAUGCCCAUCGGACCUGGCCUUUGCCAGAGUUCUUCACAGAAGGAUCUGCCUGUGCCCCAUACAGAGAAGCCAUGUGUUCAUUGCUUUUUGUUCUUGAUUCUUUCAGGAAACACAGCAGUGGAGAGCAGGAGACCAGCACACUGCCCUCACCACCUCUUCUUACCACAGUAGAGGAUGUGAACCAGGAUAACAAAACCAAAACGUGGCCACCCAAAGCACCGUGGCAGCACCCUUCCCCACUGCCCAGCAUGCUGCCCAGCCCUGCUGCACCACUUUAUGCAGUCUCCAGUCCCGGCAGCCAGUGGAAUGACACCAUGCACAUGCUGCAGUCCCCUGUGUGGGCUGCGACCAGUGACUGCAAUGCCACCUCCUUUACCUAUGUGCAGACACCACCCCAGCCCCCACCUCCACCAGCACAUAAGGCGGCACCCAAGGGCUUCAAGGCCUUCCCUGGGAAAGCUGAGCGCAGGCCAGCCUAUUUGCCCCAGUACUGACCACAGCUUGCCUGCUGUCCAUCAAAGCUGUUGGGGCAACUGUCCCCAGGACUGAGUAGCUGAUACUAGCCCCCAAAAGGACCAGUGCACCUCUGUCCCUGGGAUGGAAAUGUUCUUUGGGUCAGAGGUGAUUGGCAGCUCCAAGUCUUUAAAGCCUGAUUUCUCGAACUUUGAAGGUAGCAGACCCCUGGGAGACAGCUGAAGAUGGAGAUUUCUGAUACUCAGGGGGAUGCUGGCAAUCUGCAUGUUUAAUAAGCACCUCAGGUAAUACUGGUGCAGGUGGCCAGAGGCCACACUUGGAAAACACAGUCCGAAGGUUGUCAGUCCUGCAUGUGGGAAAGGCAUGAGGCCUGCAGGCUGAGAACAAAACUGACCAUUCUUUGAAGCUCUCCUUCCCUUUAACACACUGAGUGAGACCCACACCCAUCACUGAUUUUUAUAGAUAUUUCUCAUGUAGGUUUUCAGUUAAAAAUGUCUCCUGCCUAAAGCAUUGGCUGUCUUAAGACCCCGGGUUCCCUGGCUGGAGGUUAGCUCAACACUGUCUUCAUUUAAGCUUAUACAAGACAAGACACUUGUGAUGAGAAGCAGCCACCUGACUUCCCGUGGGUGGGUAGCUCCUCUGCUCAGAAGCACCCAGGGGUGCAGGCUCAUGGGAUUUAUAAGAGCAGGAUUGGGGAGCUGCUGUCAGAGGCAGCACAGUGGGGGUUUGUUGGCCCAUGCUGAGUGCAGAGCAAAGCUGCACCUGCCGCCCUCAAUCCUUCCACCGUGACCAAGGCUCCGGUGCACCAUGCUCCUCGAAAGAAGCAACUGUGGGGAGGGGUUGCACCAAGACCCCCACACUCAGAACCACAGUGACAUUUGCGAGCUGGCUCAGAAGACAAAAGAAUUAUGAUGUAGACAGGAAUUCAAAGUCUUUGUUUAGUCAACGACAACAAAAAAACACCUCACUUUUAGUUAACAUGUGCCAUUAAACAGACGUGGGGAUAUUUUCCAGUCAGAAUGGAUCCAGAAUUGAAUGGUGCUUAAAUUGAGAAAUAAUAAUAAAUAUAUCUAUAUAGAGUAGACAUUUCCCACUAUAUAUUAAUUGAGGUUGCAGAAAGUUCUUUAUAUAAAACUUAUUUAAAAUUUUCAUAUUUCAUCUUUGAAAAUGUCUAAUUGAAAAAAAUCCAUGAUAUUUUCUGGUAUGAAAGUUUGACAGUAUUAAUUUUUUUUAUAUUUUCUUAAAUCAUUAAACCAUUUUAAUAUAUGUUAACUACUAAUAAAUGGUUUAUUCUUUCUAACUCCAUGUAAGCUUUUCCAACAAAGAUUGUAAUAGCACAUUUAUGUUCUCAUUUUUCUACAGAUAAAUUUAUAUUUAAAAAUACCAAAAAGAAUCUACGUAUACACACCACACACAUGCACACACACAUUCAUACACAAGAAUAUUAUAGAGGACCUGUUGGGUGUCUGAGCCCAGCCACCUGUGUUCUUAGUACUGUGUCUCUGAACUGCUGGAGACCUCGGCUGUUGUCAUUUGUGCUGUUUGGGGGUGCCGUUCUGCCUGUACUGACGAUCCUUCACCGUGGGUUCGGAAUAGUCACCUCACCAUGUUUACAGAGAACUAUUUUGUACAUAGAGUUUUCCAGGCACGUGCUCUACAGCAGCCCUGUGUGGCUGCUGUCUGUGUUAGCUGUCACAGUGUGCACACUAAUCUGUUCAAAGUUCCUUGUGGCUGUUCUACUUGUAAAAACUUUCUCUUUCCUUCAGUAAUGUGUCCACAGUGCCCUGUGUUUCGAGUUCUAUUCCACGGCAGUACUCUCAUUUUCAUAGUGCCUCCCCGAAGACCUCACCCUGGGCCAGCACAGGUGACACUAACUGUCAUCUCUGGUCUGUUUUUCUCUAUUAAGGAAGACAUGUUGUCUCCGUGGCUGUGAGACCGUGUGAUGCGGUUUGUGUAGUCUUCAUGUAGGUGCUGUUGCCAGCACUGCCUUCCCUGAACACUGGUAAUCCCAGGUGCUGCGCUUGGCAGAGGUGUCUCGCCAAAGCGCAUGUACGUGCGUGUGAGUGUGUCCUCAGCACGGCCAAAGCAUGGCUACCUUGCUCGGCAUCAGCAGGACAUCAUGUGAAUAGUUGUGACCUUCCAAACUGGAACUCUACAUUUUGUAUCUUACUUUUAAAGCUCCUAUAAGUAAAAUAAUUAUUGGCUUUAUUAAAAUAUACAUUUAAUAAUA